AUGUUCGCGUCCGCGGUACAGCGCAUAAGAGCCGUGUUCCGGAGACGCCUCGAGCGUCGGAGUGUCGAUCCACUCCAGCAGUACCUUCUGGUGGUGGACUGGCUCAAUACGGUGCUGAAACCCGUCGGUUGCGACAUAUUUACAGCGGGAUUUUCCUCGACCAACCCGCUGGCUUGUAACACGAUGGUCAACAUAGGGCUGUUCUUCUGUCUGAACGUGUACAAUUUGUGGCGAACCCGCGCCGUUCUGAUCGACUUCAUGUUCUGCUUCGCCACUAUGCUGUACGUCGUAAUGAUGUCGGCGAAGAUGGAAGUGUUUGUGCACCGGAACAACCAGAUACGAGAGCUGCACGGAUUUAACCGACGGUUCUACGACCGCUUCAAGCGUGGCGACCAAGCACAGCGCGAUCUGCUGACCGACUACACGACCGAUACAUGCCUGCUAGUUACCGUCUUCGCCAUUAGCAGCAGCCCAAUGUUACUCUUUGUGUUUAUCCUCGCCUUACUCUGGUCGGCCCUGGUUGAGUUUACCCUGCCGUUCGCCUACGUGCUCCCCGGGAUCGGCUACGAUUACUUACUAGGGUUCGCCAUCAACAUGGCCUAUCAACUGCUGGAAUGUACCCUAACUACGAUCGGAAUCGUAGCGAGUGAGGGGAUUUUCUUUACGCUGGUCCUGAACGCUUGCCUCCAUCUGGACAUGCUACGCCUGGACCUUUCCCGGCUCGCGGCCCUCUGCCAGACCGACGACGGCGACGGCGAGGAUCGUACGCGCGAAAUACGGGACAGAAUCCGGACGAUCAUCGAGCACCAUAACGCACAGCGCGACUACACGAACAAACUGUGCGGUCUGUUUGAGCUACAUUUCUUCAUCAUUUUUGGAUGCAUCUCGUGCCAGCUCAUCAGUAUCGUUGUGGUGGUCGUGCUGGUUCCGGACUGGUUCCCCGGGUACUUCCUGUUCUUCAUGCUCACCGGUCAAAUCUUCUUCAGCUGCACGUUGGGAGAAAUACUUGAUUUAAAAUGCGAUGCGUUGAGAGUGGCGAUCUACAAUGUGCCCUGGUACCGGAUGGAAGCGCGGGACCAAAAAGCCAUGCAGCUGCUACUGUUGGCGUCCCAGUGGCCAACCCUUAUUUCGUACCGCUUUGGAACCGUCAACAUUCGGGCGUUUUUCAAGAUCCUCGCUUAA